AUGGCUUUUAUAAUGCGUAUGAUUUUGGCUGUGUUAUCUAUCGCACUUCCAAUAUUUGUCCAUGGACGUCGUCAACAAAUUGCAUUUUGUUCGCAGUCGUCCGCAUCAAGCGUUCCAUCGACUCUUCAACGAUUUGCUACUGAGCAUCAGUUGGUUACGGUUGGACGUACUGAUGUCAUAGAUUGGUGCAAUGUAACAUCAUCCAUAUUCCCUCCGUUCUAUGCAUCAAUACAAUCGAAAUACUGGCAUGUAUCAUUGUUUGGUUACUGGCAGUUACGAAAAAUACCAUGUUUCCUCAUGGCGGCGCCAGCAUUUUACUUGAUCGUUUUCGGUGCACGGCAGACAUGGCAUCGGGUGAAGGCGAAAAAAAGUCUCUUACAUCUACUUGCUGAAGGUGGGGAUCAUGUACCGUAUACCCUUCAUGCAAUGUUUAUGGGACUUGGAGCAUUGUUUGUAUAUAAUGCAGAGGUUCUGACGAGGAUGUUGUUCUCCAGUUCACCUUUUCCAUAUCUCGUCCUUACAAGGUGGAUAUCUGAUAUCACUCCACAGGUACGGCUUUCGGAUCUAUUCGUACCACAGCCGCUUCCGUUUCUUACCUACUUUUGUCGUCGUGGGUUACCGGAGUUUCUCCUGUAUCUCUAUCUCAUGGUCUACUUAAUAUUUGGUACAACAAUGCAUGCAAUGUGGUUGCCAUUCACAUGA